AGCCUCUCCCACCGUCACUCUCCGCCACAAGAAGUUGCAGAGACAACCCCUCCGGCGGCGAUAGUAAGAAGAAGCAGAGUGGGAGCAAAGAUGGGAAAGAGAGAAGCUCUGGUGGUGCUGUUGAUCAUCGCCGUUUUGGGAAACGCAAUUGGGUUCGACAGAGAAGAAGAAGCAGAGUGGGAGAGAGAUAGGAGGGAAGAGAGAGAGUUUAGAAGGGAAGACCGGUUUCUGCUGGAGGAUUCGAAGCAUGUGAUACAGACAGAGGCGGGAGAGAUGAGGGUGGUCAAAGGUCCAGCUUCAAGAAUUCUCGACAGGCAAAUUCACAUUGGCUUCAUCACUAUGGAGCCCAAGUCCCUGUUCAUCCCUCAGUAUAUGGACUCCAGCCUGAUUCUCUUCGUCCAAAAAGGGGAAGUGAGGCUGGGAUUGAUAUACAAAGACGAAUUAGCAGAGAGGAGGAUGAAAGAAGGAGAUGUAUACCGGAUCCCAGCCGGUUCGGUGUUUUACAUGGUGAACAUAGGGGAAGGACAGAGACUUCAAAUUAUCUGCAGCAUUGAUAGAGCUGGGAGUUGGAGUCCCGGUACUGUCCAGUCCUUCUUCGUCGCUGGAGGAACCGAUCCGGAAUCAAUCCUUGCCGGAUUCGACCAGGAUACAUUGGCUGCAGCAUUUAAUGUUUCUCGUACAGAACUGAAGAGACUUAUGACGAGGCAACGACAGGGUCCAAUCGUAUACGUCUCGGAUACUGAAUCGCCUAGGGUUUUGAGUAAGUUUCUGCAAGUGAAAGAUGAAGACAGAUUAAAUACAAUUGCCGGUGUCAAUGAAGAAAGCGGAGAGGCGGAGAAGAAAAAGUCUUGGUCGUGGAGGAAGCUCCUGGGUUCAAUCUUUGGAAACGAGAAUCGCGACACACCGAAAACAAAAACCGGAAAAUCCCCUGAUUCCUACAACCUCCGCGAAAAAUCUCCAGAUUUCAGCAACGCUUACGGAAAGAGCGUCGCCCUCGACGAGACUGAGUACUCUCCUCUACGUGACUCCAGAGUCGGAGUUUAUCUCGUCUAUCUCAACGCGGGAUCGAUGAUGGCGCCGCACGUGAAUCCAGACGCGGACGAGUUUGCCAUCGUUACCGUAGGCAAAGGUAAGAUGCAGAUCACAUAUCCCAACGGAACAUCCGCCUUCGAUGCAGAAGUGAGCGAAGGGAACGUGAUCUUUUUUCCAAAAUUCUUCGCGUUCUGCCAAAUCGCAUCCAGAACAGGCCCGUUCGAGUUCGUGGGAUUCACCACGUCGUCGCACAGGAAUCAUCCGCAGUUCUUGGCCGGUGCGAGUUCGGUUUACCACACUCUUAGAGGCCCCGAGAUGGCAAGGGCCUUCGACAUGGCCGAGGACGAUCUGGGCCGCUUCCUUGACGCACAGAGCGAGGCGAUCAUUCUGCCGUCGGCGGAGAUUGCGCCGCCGUACAAGGAGGAGGAGAAGGGGAGGCAAGAGGAAGAGAAGCGGGAAAGGAGAGACAGAGAGGCAAUAAGGAGCUUAGAAGGGAAUAUUAUGGGGAUGGGAUUUGAUUAGUGAAGUCGAAAAUGGCGGGAAUAAAGUGGAAUCGAAUCUCCAUUGCUAUUCCUUCUUUUUCUUUUUGCUCGUUUGUUUUAUAGGUCUGCAAUCUGCUUCGUUUCGGUUUAGGGUUCGUUCAUGAGCUCGCAGUUGCAGAUCUGUGAAUAAAUCCCCGACUUCACUGAACUACUUCUCUUGUUUUAUUUAUUCUUUAUUAGUAUACGAGUUUCCUAAUGCA